UGGAUUUCCUAAAUUCACAACCUAAAAUUCUAAUAAACCAGAAAGAAGAAUUUUAAAGGUGACAUUGGUCACAGUGACAUUGACAACAAUGACAAAUGUUGAAUGUUUAUGUAAAUAUGAAAAAGAAGUCAAUUUUUUUUCAGAACAAUAAACAAAAUAUUCUCAAUUAAUGAAUAAUUAAGAGUUUUUUAUUAAGGUUAUGCUAGAAUCAUACGAUGAUCAGGAAAAAUGCUUGAAGGGCACAAUUUUUUUGAAAGUGACAGUGAUAUAGAUAAAACAAGCUUUUCUGUUUUUGUAACUAUUUUAUAUAUAAAAGUUCUUUAUAUUUUAGUAAUGAUACUGUAUGUUUUAUCGCGAUUCAACGAAAUAGUGUCAAAUUAAUAUCUGUAAUGUUUAUAUUCAGUGAGCCUUCCCUUCAACCAUGGCAUAUUUCCAAAGGUGAUAUACAAAUCUCUAUCCCAAAUGAUGUUAUUAAUAGUUUAACAAGUCAGGAUAUCAUUGCUAUUAAUUUCCUAUACCAAAAUUAUAAAAAUGAAUUCAAGGGAUCUAUAUUAAAUGAAGAAGAAGGAUUUAAUGUGCAAGCUCAAGUUUCUACAUUUGUAAAUGUUAUUCUUCAAAUUUGGACUAAACCUAACGAAAAUUUCCGACUAUUGGUAAUCACACCAGAAUAUCUCUUACAGAAAUGGAGUGAAACCCUCAAAAACAUUGCUGCACUAAAAGUUCUAACUGUUGAACCAAAAACAUGUCCAGCAGAUUUUGAUCAAAUGAAUAAGGUGGCACUGCUCCUUUCGUUUGACUACAUUAAAUUUGUGGAAGCUCUGUCUGAAUACAAUUUUGUUUCAGUAGUAAUAGAUCAUUUUGAUGCUAUCGCUAAUAAGUUAAUAAUCAAGAAGUUAGCUGGAAAAUUUAAUAUUGGAUUGACAAGAAGAAACUUUUAUACUAAUCCAGAUCAAAAAUUACAAUGGACAAUGUUGAAUUGGAUCCAUCCAGGAUCUAUGGGAAGACUGAAAGAUUUUUAUGAGGCUGAUAAUGACAAUUUUGCCAAUUUACGAGACAAUUAUCAUCAUUGGUGGCUCACGCUCACUUGGGAUUAUUGUGACUCUUUUAAAAAGCAGUCUGAUGAUUCGCAAUAUAGCUCGAACUAUGUACAAAAUGUAAAACGAAAAAAGGGAGCUACUAGCAGAAAAAGAAAUGUGAAAAAAGUGAAAUCUGAAAGUUCUGAUGAAAAUAGUGAUAAUGAUGAUACACAUGAAAUCAAUCUAUCACUGAAUCAAGAAAGUUGUAAAAGAAAGCUGCAAAAUAAAGUAACUGAUAUUUGUAUUGCAGAAAAUGAUAAAUCAAAUUUAGUGGAAUAUAAAGUAGAAUGUAGCAAGGAAGGCGGCAGUUGUAAUAAAGAAACUAAUAAAAACAAAGAAAUAUAUAAUUUUCAAUAUAGUGAUAGCUCAGAUGCUACUGUAGAAUACAAUGUUGACGCGCCUACCCAUUUAGCUUUGGAUUCUUCAGCCACAACUGAAACCAGUUUUAAUAAAAAAUUAGAUGUUGAUGAUGAUGAAAACAUUCUCUUGAAUAUCAUUGAAGGUGUUAACAGGAAAAAUUCUUCUGAAAUCUUAGAUAGUCAAUCUCAACUCGAACUGAAGAAAGAAGAAUUGUAUUCUCAAAUGUUUGAAGACAUUCCUAAAUCUGAAAUUCCAAGCCCAGACACAUCAGACGAUUUUCUUCGUUCUCUAAUUAAUAUUUAGAUAAAUUGGAACAAUACAAAAUUAAACCAAAAACAAUGAGAUAAAAUUAUUGUUCUAGGAAAAAUAAAACAAAAUUGUUUUAACUCUAGAAUAUUGGCCAGUCUUAAAUUUUACGAGGCUUCUGAGUACCUGUUUGUUUUGUCUUAGAUUAGUCAAUGAGGAUGCAUUUAUUGCAUAUUUUAUCAGUAUAUUUCCAGUAUUAAAGUUUUACAGCUGGUUGCAAGAACGACCGUUAAAUAUUUAUUUAUUAACGCUUAUGAUCCAUUAAAAAUGCAUUCCUAUCCUCGAUAGCUAUUGAACGUCAUAGAUCUGGCAACAGGGCACAUAUGCCUCAAUAUGAUCAAUUAUAUACAUCGUUCUAGAGAUUGCACACCCAUAUUUAAAUAGUACUACUAAAAGCGCCUUUCCAAGUGUUCACUGAAUAGAAUAGUUCUGGCCCAAACGUGUUUUAAAAUAAAAUUUCAGUAUUUGAAUAUUUAGAAACAAAAAAGACAUGAUAAUAUGUUAGGUGUUUUAAAAGCAUAUGUUUUUGUGUUGUAAAGUUGAGUUUCCAUAGUCAUAAUAUUAAGAGAUCAAAACAAUUUUAUAACAGUGAAACAGUAACAAAGCCUACACAACAUAGAUAUUAAUAAAAAUCAAAUCACAAACUGAGGUAUAUUAGGCAUAUUAGGUGAAUACUUAGGCCAUAAAACAAACAAAAAACAGACACUUAUUAUAAUAAUAAUCAUUAUUACUUA